AUGCAACGCGAAAACUCCAGGCAUCUUCAAGGUCUAGUUCACACCUUCGCUGCAAAUCCCACCGUCGACAGCCACUCCAACGCCAACAAGGACGCCGAAAAGCGACCCAAAAAGCGCCACAGAGGUGGUAACGGAAAACGGUUUCGUUGUGGGCAUGAAGACUGUGGCAAAACCUACUCUCGCGCCGAACACCUCCAAAGGCAUCAGCUAAAUCAUGACCCCAAGGAAAUAUUCUACUGUGGCACCCUUGGCUGCAGCCUCUCUUUUGUGCGUAAGGACUUGUGCGAUCGACAUAGGAAGCGCCACAGCCAGCAAUUCUUGGAUCAGCAACCGGCUGGUCCAGACGAUGAUCCGACUUCGUCUCACAGGAUUGAUCAAGGCUUUGAUGAUGAGGAUGAUGAUGAUGACAGCGACUCUGGCAGCAAUUCAGAUGAGAAUAGCACCCCUACAAGUCAGUCAGAUUGCAACCAACCAGUCACGGCAGGAGACGAGAACAAGAAAAGAUCGUUGAUAGAUGAGCACGAUGCCUCGCGUUAUCAAUCGAUCCGAGACCGUUUCUCUGGCUUUCCUGAACACAAAGAUUCGCCCGUCCCAAACCGCGACCUGCUUCCACCAGGGAGGCCAGAGAGCGCUUUUCAUUCAGAAUUAUCCACCAACAAUGAGGAAUUACAGAGAGCCGUAGCAGAUGCAAAUGAAUACCUGGCCCAGCCCGAUUCAACACAGAACUUUCCACAAUUGACACGGUAUCAAAGUAAUGUUUCGGCUGAUAUGCUACUAUCCCAUUCGGACCAAAACGCCUCUGAUCCCACCAAGAUCUCGCCAUAUAACAACUUGGGCGAUUUUCCAGCCGCAUUUCAAAGACAUCAUUCAGUCUCUACCCACGCCGAUGGGUUUGACAUUGGCUCACCUACCCUAGUUCGUCAGGUUCCCGGGAUUGCUGCGUUUGGAGGUUCUGUCAACAGCUUCGAGGUACCAUUCUCGGCGUCAAGGCUAGAAGAUCAGACCUUUGGCAUUUCUCCGUCUGCGGGCACGGAUGAAUUUACCUCUUGGUUGUUCGACCAGAAUGGAGGCGUUUACAAUGGUCAAUCCAAUGGCGAGGUUGCAUUCUCCAACAUCUACCAACCUAAUGUGUUUGGUCAGGUCUAUUCCAAUUACUUCUCCACGCCUGAGAUCGAAAUCCCGUUCACAAAUACAUUGACCCAAUCACUAGGCCCUAACAAACCACAUGAGUCGAUUGCUUCGAUAGAAACGCCUUUUAUCGCAAGCUGGAAGAGGCAAACUAUCCUGGAGAUCAUGCAGCAGCGUUUCUCUGGAAGUGGAAGCUCUGGUUUUUAUGAUCGGUCUAUUAAACAGCAGAUCUUCGAGGGCAAUGUGGAUGAUGAUGACCACGUUUUAAGCCUCUCUUCCCUUCAUCGUUACAUCGAUAACUACUGGAAGAACUUCCAUGACCAAUUUCCAAUACUUCAUCAGCCAUCCUUUCUGCCAAACUUUGUCCAUGAUUACCUUCUCCUUGCUGUGGUUGUAAUGGGCGCAUCUCUACUAAAUCGAUAUGAGUAUGGCACGGAAUUUGCUGACAGAGCCGCACAACUAGCAAAUUUCAUCGCUUGGAACCUCCGUUGGCAAGUUUUCACAGAUCCUGACUCUUGUCCUCCGGCCAAGCUCUGGGUAUUGCAGACUCUUGCUAUCUUAGAGGUCUACGAGAAGACUAAUUCAACUAGGGCACUUCACGAACGUGCUCAUGUUCACUUUGCUGCGACCUUGACACUGAUGCGAAGAGGUAGUGCUCUCGUAGGUGAGUCCACUCCACCAGCCUUACGAAUGGGUAUUCCUGGUGAAGGCACCCAAGUACUUCGACAAGGCCAGGAAUUGCCGCCCUUGGCCGAGAAAUGGUGGACUCAAUGGAUUGCUCAAGAAGCCACACGCCGAGCAGCGUUUGGCGCAUUCCUACUAGACUCUAUGCAUGCUGUGAUGUUUGGACACGCAGCUACUAUGGUCAUUCAUGAAAUACAACUUCCACUACCCUGCGAUGACACCUUGUGGUCUGCUCCAACCUCGUCUGAAGUUGGUCGUAUCGAGUUCAGCCUUUACACAAACGGGAUCAAGCCGCUGACAUUUCUCAACGGCCUGAAACGAACAUUGAGUUGCCGGCGAGUGCGGACCAACCCAUUUGGGCGCAUCGUACUCAUGGCUGGGCUGUUAUCUGUGUCAUGGCAUAUGCACCAGAGAGAUCUAUAUGGGAAGAGCCUUGACAAGGACAACAUGGGAGUCCCAGAAGGAUGGAAAGCGCAGAUUGUGAAAGCACUGGAAUGGUGGAAGAAGGAUUUUGACGAAAGCCUUGCAUAUAUGAGGAGAUCUGGCAUCGACGUCCACAAAACGGGCUUCACGCAAGCACAUCUGCAUACAUCUGACUCUCUAGCCACGGUUUUAUACCACCUCGGCCACAUUGGCGUACAAGUUGAUAUGCCCGAUUUAUGCAUAUUAGCCGGAGCCAAGAUCUUACUUGGUCGAGUGAUUACGAUGUCUGACCGCGAACGUGUGCACAUCAAGAUGAAAACUUGGGCCACUUCUGCUGCGGCAAGGCAUGCAGUUCAUUAUAGCAUCCGAUUCAUUUGCUCCAUACUGCUACAAGACGUGAAGCGCAAAAAGUCUGAGCAUAAAAUUCAUGAGGGGCCCUGUGCAGAGAGCAUGGAGGGUCACUCAAUAUAUUCCUAUAGCGCCUCCGCCGAUUUCUUGUUGCCUAGGCCCUGGGUUCUCUACUUUUCCACGCUUGUGGUAUGGGCUUAUGGAUUCCUUUUGGAUGGACAGCUCCAGCCGUUUCCUGACAAUUUGGAAUAUCCCGCGAUUGCUACAAGACACGCAGUGCGCCUUGAAAACCCGAAGUCACCCCAGGUGGAGCCGCUGAAGGAAAGAGAGCAGGAUGCAAAAGCAUACCUGAAAGUAAUGACAAGAUUUGAUUCUCCUGCUGGGUUGGACAAGAUAACGAUGGGCCGGAACAGAAUCAUUGGCCUCAUCAGCGUUGUAUCAAAAGUCCUGGAGGGCUCGAAGUGGGAAUUGUUGAAUGAGGCCCGCGAUAGGCUUCAUGGAGCUGCAGAGGCGUUGAGACCUGUUCCCCCAGUUUGA